AAUGGGGUUUGGUGUAAAUCUGGGGGUGUAAUGUUAUCAUAUAUCACGCUACCUCGUAAAACCGACACUGAAAGCUGCCGGACAACAAAUCACAGGUCAAAAUUAUGAGUUCUUCGUAUUAUGUGAACGCGCUUUUUAGCAAAUAUACGGCGGGGGCUUCUCUGUUCCAAAAUGCCGAGCCUACUUCUUGCUCCUUUGCGCCCAACUCGCAGAGAAGCGGCUACGGGGCGGGCGCCGGCGCCUUCGCCUCCACCGUGCCGGGCUUGUACAAUGUCAACAGCCCCCUGUAUCAGAGCCCCUUCGCGUCCGGCUACGGCCUGGGCGCCGACGCCUACGGCAACCUGCCCUGCGCCUCCUACGACCAAAACAUCCCCGGGCUCUGCAGUGACCUCGCCAAAGGCGCCUGCGACAAGGUGGAAGAAGGCGCGCUGCACGGUCCGGCCGAGGCCAAUUUCCGCAUCUAUCCCUGGAUGCGGUCUUCAGGGCCCGAUAGGAAGCGGGGCCGCCAGACCUACACGCGCUACCAGACGCUGGAGCUGGAGAAGGAAUUCCACUUCAACCGCUACCUGACCCGGCGCCGCCGCAUCGAGAUCGCCAACGCGCUCUGCCUGACCGAGCGCCAGAUCAAGAUCUGGUUCCAGAACCGCCGCAUGAAGUGGAAGAAG